AUGUCAACACCUUUUGAGAGCUUCCGUUUCCUACGUGUGCCUUAUUCAGCGCAGGAAACAGCCAACCGCUUCGCAGAGUACUGCCGCAGGAACCAGGUCAUCACACGUGGUCUAUGCCGAAUUGGCUACAUUCAACGAUGCCCACCCGUCCCGCAGCUUUCCCAUGAGAGCGUUGUAGCCGCUGAAGCGGCGGGUGCGACAGCUGGCAGCACACCUCUCCCCAUGCUGAGGGGCCUGAUCGCGAACAAAAGCAUUCCCAAGGACACUAACGUCGUGAUGCUCCCACUGAGUGCAUGCAUAGGUCCAUCCAACGCCAUGAAAUGUACCCCCUUCUUUGACAUAUUCCCUCGUGAAGCUCGAGAAGCGUAUUUUCUCCAAAUGGCAUCCGUACAAAACAGCCGAGUGGCAGAGCAGAGCCUUAUCCGACACAACCAGCUCUUGCUGGCGCUCUACAUGGCCUACCUCCUGCUCGUCCGGGCCUUACAGCCAGAUGCCCAGGGAUCCGAUCCCGUUCGUUAUCUAGACUUCCUCCCAAGAAGUGAGGGCAAUUUUGCACAGCUGGAGGCACACAUGGCGGUCUCCCUUGAGACCGCGGAGGCCUGCCGCGUCGGGCAGACCUGUUUGGCCGCCCAUUUCCGUAUCCCGCAGGCCGAAAUACGGCCUUUGCUGGUCUGGGCCCUCUGCAUGAUCUACAGCCGUAUGGUACCGAUUGACCACAAGGGCCUGCUAGAGGAGGCGUUCCGUGACACCCCGGUCGCGUCCUUCUUUGCCAGUCAGUCCCGUGGGGAGGACCUCAUGCCGGAGCCCAUCUCCUUCCUGUGCCCAAUCGUGGACAUGUGCAAUCACAGCGAGGGGGAGAAUGUUGCCGUGAUGGUUCCCGACAACCCACCUUCCAGGUUACAGCGUGUCGUCUGUCUGCGCACCUUGCGGGAUGUUGCUGAAGGGGAAGAACUUGUCAUGACGUAUAGCCGAUCCCCGGCAGAGCUCCGAACGAUUUGGGGCAUGUCUCAGGUACUGCUUUAG